AUGCUUCACUUUUUCGCGACACAUGAGAUAUGUCUAAUUACCUUCAAAGCCAUCUACGUCCCGUUCAGCUCCACCUCAAGCGCGCAUGAAACCAUCGUCUGUGGUCCUCUAAAAGAAUCAUGGCAAAUUGAAGAGCUUCAAGCUCUCCAAGACUGCGGUUGGCUGGUACAUUACUACGCUGAUGGCCGCUUGCUUGAUGGAACAUCCGCCCCGGAAUUGGAAGGGGAGCUUGAUCUAGACAACUACCGUUGCGGCCGUGUCUUCCUCGACGAGUAUACCCUUGUGAUAAUGGAUGAUUAUUUGGAAGACAGUUCGUGGAUAACUGAAAAGACAGAAAUUCGAGCCGAAGAUGAAGUUGGAAUCGAAUUAGCAUUGUUGGGUUGGACUUGA